AUGGAUUGCAGCAAUCUACUGGAAGACGGAGGAACCGCAACACACGAGAACAGUGCAAUUGUACAGAUGGGUGAUGGCGGAAAUAAUUUGGCCGUCGCGUAUCGUACUAUUGCCUCGUCACCAUAUUUGAUGCUCAGCGGGGCACGUCUUAGCCCCACACUGACAGGUGACUCGUACACAAACGAGGUGGCUCACGCACACUGGGCUACCGUCAGCCCAGGAUAUAUGAGUUUAACUGAAGCGGUUGGUCAAACUCCUUCAUUCGGUGUACACUCCUCGUCCAAUUCCUGCCCUUCCAAUAUGCCACCCGGUAGCCUGUAUUAUCAGUCCGGUCGAACCACCAGUUCCAAAUUGGACGAACUGAGCACCCCGAAUGGAUCCGGCUCGGGGUACGAUGAUCAACGAUUCUAUCGUGUGAUGCACCACCCGUCGUUACCAGACCGUGACCUGCACGGACCUCGUCCCGGGUGUCCCGAGGUGGACAAAACAGUUUCGAGGAGAAAAAAGUCCAAUCGAACACAGUCUGAUCAGUUGGAUGUGGAUCAGACAAACCGUGGCAAUCCUAUGAGUACAUUCAAUACACUACAAACAGAUUGUCCGAAAAGUUGUGGCGAAACAGUUUCUAUGAGUGACAACUCUGGUUCCAAGGUGACAGAUGAGUCUAGUGCAAAAUCCCCCGGAUUAACAGAUGCGCAGAAAUCGCACGGGGACUCUGUUUCGACAGAGGGUGCUAACGCACCAUGGCUAUUGUAUAUGGACAAUCGGCAAUCACAUUCCGCCACCGCUGCGGCAGCAGCCGCCGCCGUUACUGCCGCGCAAUCUCGAUCACAUUUAACUGGAGGUUCUUUUGUGUAA